UAUUUGAAGUCUAAAUUAUUUUCGAUUAUGCUGUCUUUGGGGUCCGUUAAAUUGUUGGCACUGGGCACGGCGGGUGCCCUCUUCCUUGGUUACUGUUUCUACUUUGAUCAGAGACGCACAUCGGCGCCCGACUACAAGAAGAAAGUCUUCCAGCGUCGCCAGCGGGAGGCGAUGGCCGCCAAGCGGCGAAUUAGGUUCAGAAACGAGCCACAACGGACCGGAGCAGGCGGCGACGUGGACGAUGACCAGCUGGAGAUGCAGACGCGAUUCUUGCACGAGGUGCAGAGUGGCGAGCAGCUCAUCAAGGAGGGUCGCGUGGACGAGGGCCUCACGCACCUGUGCACCGCCAUAAACCUGUGCGCCAACCCGGGCGCCCUCCUGGAGAUGCUCGAGGCCAAUCUGCCCGAAGCGCUCUUCCGUCCGCUGAUGAUGCGUCUGUCCGAGAUGAAUCCGCGCGAAAGCAGCAGCGAAUCCACCAGUGAGACGGAGUCCACCGAUCAGCUCAGCAGCAGCAGCAGCCCUUAGCCCUAGAGCCCUAGAGCCCUAGAGCCCCAGUGGCAGUGACUGCCGCUGAGUGAGUGGCAGCCUCUGCAUUUUCUGUGUGGACACACACACGCAGCCCACACACGCAGCACUGGAAUAUGCAAAAACUUUCGCUCUCUCUCAACCUGUUGGAGUGGAUGGUGGCUGGUUGGCUCCAGACUGGGAGGAGGACUCGUGAGUUGGGAAAGUUUCAGUUGCCGCUGUCAGCAGCAGGCAGGCCCAAGCAUAGGUCCCACAAUUCAUGGGCACGCGUUUCCACAAUGUUUUGAAAAUGUGACUGGGGGAGACGAAAGAGGCAGCCGGCAGAAGCACGUUUCUGUUACGCGGUGAGGUGCGAUGGCAGCGUUGCUGCGAGUCAAAGGCAGCCUUUCAUGGUAUUGGCUAUUGCCGCCCACAUACAGCAGUUGGGAUACAGAAAAAAGCCUCCAUGUCGUAUGCGUUACGUGCUAAGACCCCGGGCUUACAACUAAUAGGGAAAAGAAAGACGAAAACCAAAGGAAAACGAGUGAAAAGAAGUGGAGAAGACGAAGAAAGCAGCGAGAAAACAAAUGGAAAGACGUUAAAACAUAGAAAAUCAGAGGAAAAAUCAUCGGGAUGUCAGAGGAAACCCCGGUGCAGCAGACUGUCUGGCGAGAAUUUCUUGCAAAAGAACACACUGCCUGCGGACACUCGUGUGUAUCCCACAUGCCCGAUCCGUAGCACAUGCAAAUUCAAUUAAUGCAAAAAUGCCAUUCCAUACAUACAAAUCUACGUAUAUGUAAUGUACUCGCACACACACAUAUGUAUGUAUGUAUGUGUGUGUGUGUGUGUGUGUGUGCAUACAAUUAACUCGCUUCCUCCACGAGCCCGCUCUUCCCAAUACAAAAUCCAAAUAAAACAGAAUAGAACCAAA